AUCGUUGUGUGCGUGUCUGUAGUGGUGACGUGUCUCUAACGUUUCCGCUCCCCCGCUCCUCCCGGUGGCUUAGUAGUGAGAUUCAGUCUGGUCAGAUUUACACAGUAAAGGAGCACAGAGGAGGGCACAGUUGGGACAUCAUGGGCAUCAAAUUCUUGGAGGUGAUAAAGCCAUUCUGUGCAGUGCUGCCAGAGAUCCAAAAACCUGAAAGAAAGAUCCAGUUCAGAGAGAAGGUAUUAUGGACUGCCAUCACUCUCUUCAUCUUCCUGGUGUGUUGCCAGAUCCCCCUCUUUGGCAUCAUGUCGUCAGACUCUGCAGAUCCAUUCUACUGGAUGAGAGUAAUUCUGGCAUCAAACAGAGGUACCCUGAUGGAGCUGGGUAUCUCGCCUAUUGUCACCUCAGGCCUGAUAAUGCAGCUGCUUGCUGGAGCUAAGAUCAUUGAAGUUGGAGACACACCGAAGGACAGAGCCCUCUUCAAUGGAGCUCAGAAAUUAUUUGGAAUGAUCAUCACCAUCGGCCAGGCCAUUGUAUAUGUGAUGACCGGCAUGUACGGAGAUCCCUCAGAGAUGGGUGCAGGAAUCUGUUUGCUCAUCAUCAUUCAGCUGUUUGUGGCUGGGAUGAUUGUGCUGCUGCUGGAUGAGUUGCUCCAAAAGGGCUAUGGCCUUGGUUCAGGGAUCUCACUGUUCAUUGCUACUAACAUCUGUGAGACGAUCGUCUGGAAGGCCUUCAGCCCCACGACUGUGAACACCGGAAGAGGUACAGAGUUUGAGGGAGCAAUCAUUGCACUUUUCCAUCUGCUGGCCACUCGGACAGACAAAGUGCGUGCUUUGAGAGAGGCCUUCUACAGACAGAACCUGCCCAAUCUCAUGAACCUCAUUGCCACAGUAUUUGUCUUUGCUGUAGUGAUAUACUUUCAGGGAUUCAGGGUUGAUCUGCCCAUCAAGUCGGCACGCUAUCGUGGCCAAUACAACACCUACCCCAUCAAGCUCUUCUACACCUCCAACAUCCCCAUCAUCCUGCAGUCUGCCUUGGUCUCCAACUUGUAUGUUAUCUCCCAGAUGCUUUCCACACGCUUCAGUGGCAAUUUUCUGGUUAACCUGCUCGGUACUUGGUCUGAUACAUCGUCAGGGGGUCCAGCCCGUGCCUACCCUGUGGGUGGACUCUGUUACUACCUCUCUCCCCCCGAGUCAUUUGGCUCUGUUCUCGACGACCCAGUCCAUGCAGUCAUCUACAUUGUCUUUAUGCUCGGAUCAUGUGCCUUUUUCUCCAAAACCUGGAUUGAAGUCUCUGGCUCCUCUGCGAAAGAUGUGGCGAAACAGCUGAAGGAGCAGCAGAUGGUGAUGAGGGGACACAGAGAAACGUCAAUGGUCCAUGAGCUGAACAGGUACAUUCCUACUGCCGCUGCCUUUGGUGGACUGUGUAUCGGUGGUUUAUCAGUAAUGGCUGACUUUCUCGGCGCCAUUGGCUCUGGCACAGGUAUCCUGCUGGCUGUCACCAUCAUCUAUCAGUACUUUGAGAUCUUUGUAAAAGAACAGAGUGAAGUAGGCAGCAUGGGGGCCUUGCUCUUCUAGAAAAACCAAUAUCCUCUCACCUUCUACCAACUUUUAUUAGGAUCACCAACCUUGCAUUUAUUUUACAUCUGUGUGAAGCUCCGGCAUCAUCAGCUCUCCAGUUUCACGAUGUUUGAGGAAUUUUCAGGAAUCUCAGCUAAAAUGGGACCUUGCGAGGUGGUGGGGCUACACAGCUUGUUACUCCCUCCACGCAUCUUUCAAAGUAACACAAAGACCGACAUGUCAGUUGUACUUCAUCAGAUUUUCUAACUGACUCGAGAUUAUAGCUCCCCAAGAUUCAUUUAAAGGCUUCCUUUGUGUAUGAGAUGAAGUCCUGCGGGAGUUUGGUCCUUUUUUCAGACUGACAAUAGAGCGCUUCAGUAUGCAGGCAUACUCGACACGGAUGACGAAGGUCAACUGCCUGUUGUGUGCAUAAAAGCACUCAAUGUUCUGCUUGGUGUUAUCUUAAUUUAUACUUUUACUUUCAGCUUUAUUUUAUUUUUCUGUCAACCUGCCAAUUACAUGAAGGUGAGGACCAGAAGCUGAACUGUCAAACGCUGAGUCAAGUACUGUAAUUUUCCUGAUUUGUGACCCUGUGUUAUAGCUGUUAUUUGAACAGGGCCUCGUAGGAAGAGGAGAGGAUGUGGAGCUCACAUUGGGGUCCACCUGUCAAAAGAAACUGCUCCAACUCAUUUUUGUAAACAGUUAUCUGAUGAACCAUUCAAAAAAGGGGUCCUUGCUGUUUUACUGUAUGGCAUUCCCAGGGAGCUGCAGUAUUAACUCACUUCACAUUCAUUUUUGUUACCUACUUCCUUUGUUUUGUUUUUUUAAUUGUCUGCUCUGAGAAUACUUGCAUUAAUCACUUUUCCACAACUGACAAAUUAUGAUUUUCUGUACAUAGGCCAUGCAUUGAAUAACUUUGAAUUUGUCUUAAGUGUAAGAUAAAAGUCUUUUGAAUAUGUCAAAAUAAAUGCAUUUCAGAACAAACUUAUAGAAAAAUAUUCUCAAUAAAACCUUUUGUGGAAAAAGGCUUAAUCUUUUGA